UGGGCAGGUCCGACCAGCGCUGCUGCCCGUCUCUUUCCACCGGCUGGGGAUCCUCGCCCUGACUUGUGGGCUCCUGCGGGACGGGUGCUGGGGGAGGAGACUCGGGAGUAGCGACUGAAGGUGGCUGUCCGUGUAGCACUGCAGGAUCCCUAGGAGGGGGUGGCAGCAGCCGCUGGAGUGAGUGGGGGCUAGCGUCAGCCUCUCCCCGCUGAUGGAUUUGGGGUGGGUGCCCCGUAGCCGGGCACCUAACCCUACUUGGCCCUUGGUGAAAUAGCGGCGCGGGCGGUGAGGGGGGCGCUGAGCAGAUCCCCGGGGUGUCCCCCACGAGCCGGGCUGUGUGUGUUUGUACGUUGGCAGACCCCGGAGCACCUCUUCCUGCGGCUGCCGGGGGCGAGGUACGGAAACUUCAGCCAGAGCCUAGCGCCUGCCCUCCUUUCUCCUUCCACGGACCCCGCCUUCCCAGUGCAGCGCGGGGCCUCUGGGCGUGCGGGUUUCUCUCUGUCCCGCGUAGGGCCGGCAGAUGGACCCAGGGUCAGGCUCUCCCCCCUCUGAGCUGCAUGGUGUAAAUCGAAGUUCUUGCGUUAAAUCCGCCGAGAUUCCCCCCCGUCGAUUUUCCGAACCUGUUCUGCCCCCUGUUUAAAUAAAGCACUCGCCCGGGCGCGGAUCGGGUAACCGUAACCACCAAGUCAGGCGUUGAUUUCUGGCAGAGGGAAAUCUCACGUCACGUCUUCCGCCCGGGAGGAGAACUUCUGGCUUAGGCCACAGGUUUCUGUAGUGGCCUCCGAGCUUUAGCCUACAUCUUUGGGACCCAUCCACCCCCAUCCCUGUCUGCGUGCAGCGAUGGGAUCUCGAAUGGCCCGCUUGCUGCCGGGGGGAUCCGUAAGGAUCGGAUGGUCACCAGGAUCAUCCCGUGUCUGAAGUUUAGUUUAGUGCUUUGUUUUUGGAAUCUCUCUCUCUCUUCUUUCCCCCACUUUGUUAUAAUCAAACUAUCGAGAAGACAGUCCGGCUUUGAAACUCGACACCUGUACUGAGGCGUUGGUCACCAUCCUCCUCCUCCUCCUCCACUUCUCUUCAAAUGCUGAGUGCGGCGAAUAAUCAGUCCAUGUCUGUAAGGAGGAGCCUCUCAGCCUUCAGAAGUGCAUAGGGGGCUGUAAAUAUUCACCCCGCCCACAGCACUUGUUUCGAUGGGCUUUUCUAAUGCAGGAUCUUACCGAAUUGCGCUGUGCUGCCUUUUUCUCCUCUUGAAGAUUUAAGAACAAGGGCUGGGAAGUGAGAUCAGCGUUAACCGGGACAUCGUUAUUUGAGGCACACCUAGGUUUUUUUAAUGACUUGAACAUUGUUGCUCUAAUUUAAAGAGAUUUCCUGGGCUUGGCCUUUGGCAGUGUUAGACCUUGAUGCACAGAUUUGUAAAAACUGUCUUUUAAAAUACUACAAGCUUCUUAUAUGCUGUAGGACCAAGAUCUGAUGGAUUUUUAUGAAACCCACGCUACUGGAAAAAUGGACUUCCCCAGCAAAAGGCCCGUGUUGGUUCUUCAGAAUGACUCUAUCUACUCCCAGAGGCGUCCAUACACCAGUGAAGAUGAAGCCUGGAAGUCCUUCCUUGAAAAUCCCCUUACAGCAGCCACCAAAGCCAUGAUGAGCAUCAAUGGUGAUGAAGACAGUGCAGCUGCCCUGGGAUUGCUGUAUGACUAUUACAAGGUUCCCAGAGAAAGAAGGACUUCAACAGCAAAACCAGAUGUCGAUCACCCUGACCAAGAUCAUGGCAAAAGAAACAGCAUCCCAACGGAACAAUCGCUCAUCUCUACUGGAGAAAACAGAGUGCAGGUUCUGAAAAAUGUGCCUUUCAAUAUUGUUCUUCCGCACGCUACCCAAAUGGCCAUGGACAAGAGAGGCCAUCUGACGACCCCCGACACCACUGUCACUGUUUCCAUUGCCACAAUGCCCACUCAUUCAAUUAAAACAGAAACACAGCCACAUGGAUUCACUGUGGGCAUCCCUCCCACUGUCUACCACCCCGAGCCCCCCGAACGGGUGGUGGUUUUCGACAGGAAUCUCAACCCUGAUCAGUUUAGUUCCAGUGCUCAGCCUCAGAACUCCCAGAGGCGCACGCCGGACUCCACCUUCUCAGAGACUUUCAAAGAAGGAGUGCAAGAGGUUUUCUUUCCUGCUGAACUAAAUCUGCGGAUGGCCAGCAUGAGUUCAGAGGACUACGUUUUUGACAGCAUUGCUGGGAAUAACUUUGAAUACACCUUAGAAGCUUCCAAGUCACUUCGUCAGAAGCCAGGGGACAGCACAAUGACAUACCUAAACAAGGGUCAGUUUUAUCCGAUCACCCUUAAAGAAGUCAGCAGCAGUGAAGGAGUCCACCACCCAAUCAGCAAAGUCAGAAGCGUCAUCUUGGUUGUGUUUGCCGAAGACAAAACAAGAGAAGAUCAGAUCAGGCACUGGAAGUACUGGCACUCAAGGCAGCAUACAGCCAAACAAAGAUGCAUUGACAUUGCCGACUAUAAGGAGAGCUUCAAUACAAUCAGUAACAUUGAAGAGCUUGCAUACAAUGCCAUAUCCUUCACUUGGGACAUUAAUGACGAAGCAAAGGUUUUUAUUUCUGUAAACUGCCUCAGCACAGAUUUCUCCUCUCAGAAAGGAGUUAAAGGGCUGCCCUUGAACAUUCAGAUUGACACCUACAGCUACAAUAACAGGAGUAACAAACCCGUCCAUAGGGCCUACUGCCAGAUUAAAGUCUUCUGUGACAAGGGAGCAGAGAGGAAGAUCAGGGAUGAAGAACGAAAACAAAGCAAAAGAAAAGGCAAGUGCACUGACCCCAGCUCCCAGUUGAAUGCCUUUCCAGAUGUCAAAGUGCCAAUGCUUCCUUCCCACAAGCGGACAGACGUCACUGUCUUCAAGCCAUCCCAAGAUCUUGACACUCAGCCAAUUCUUUUUAUCCCCGACCUUCACCAUGCCAAUCUUCAGCGUGGGACUCAUGUCCUUCCUGUUGCACCAGAAGAACUGGAGGGUGAAGGCUCUAAUAUGAAGAGGGGGCCUUAUAUAACUGAAGAUGAUUUUAUUGCACCUCCCAAUAAACUGACCAGAAUAGAGGAACCAAAACGAGUGUUGCUGUAUGUCCGAAAGGAGUCGGAAGAAGUCUUCGAUGCACUUAUGCUGAAGACACCAUCUCUGAAAGGUCUAAUGGAAGCUAUAUCGGACAAGUAUGAUGUUCCUUUUGAUAAAAUUGGAAAAAUCUUCAAGAAAUGUAAAAAAGGGUAUUUACAGACUGUAAUCAACUCACUCCUUAUCUUUCUCUUUGUUAAGAAUCCUGAUCAACAUGGACGACAAUAUUGUGAAGCACUAUUCGAAUGAAGACACCUUCCAACUACAGAUUGAAGAGGCUGGAGGAUCUUACAAGCUCACGCUCACUGAGAUCUAAAACCAAAGCCAUCAAAUCUCUGUGGAUUUUAAAUGAAGGUCUCAGAUGAACAUUUUUCUGUAAUUUAGUCUUCUGGGUAAAACACGAAUCACUUUCUCUAGAAGAAACCCAGUGGGUUGAGUUCUUCCAGGGAUCGGAGCAGUGUUUGUUUAGCAAAGUCGAUACAGUCACGUUUCUGUUCUUCCGAAAGGACAAAACAAUGCUCAUUAACUCAGUGCACUUGAAGUGAAUGAACAUAGAUAUCAGGAAUUAAAUAAUAUUUAUGUACAAAACAUUAGCAAAUGGGGAUGGGGAGAGAAGCCUUGAAAUAGUGGUGAUAUUCUAACUUCUAUUUAUCUAUUAAAUAUUCAUGUGAGCCUAUCAGCUAAUGAUGUCUUAUUGGACUGCUCUCUGCUAGAUGCAGCUACACAGCUCCCAUUCAUGCUAAUGGGAGCUGCAGGUGGAUGUGGGAGACUAGACUCAAGAAUGUUUACUGCUGAACAGGGCAUGUUGCUGAAAUCACUUGUAUAAUACUUUGGGGAAUGUAAAACUGCCUUGCUCAUGAAGAACUUACCUAAGUUACCGUGUGAACUCAUUUGACAUGAAGCUGUAUUGUAUAUAAGUGCAAUAUAUUUUUGAAGGUUUGUAAAUGUGUACAUAUGAGUCAUAUAUAAUAUAUAUAUAAAAAAUAUGGUGUUCAUGUAUAUACAGUGAAUAUAUGCAAUGAAGCCUCCCUAAAAGGAUACUAUAUACAGGCAAACAGUUAUUUAAAAACCUAGUAUGCGCCAAACCUGAGCGCACGUUGUAUAUUCAUAGCACGCACAGAGAUGACUUGUUUAAAGAGGAUUUUCCCAAGCAGAAGGAAUGAUGCCUACUAUACAGCAGACCCCUCUGUACAGUGAGGUAUGGUGGGUUAGGCUUGUAUUGUACACUACCAAAUAAAGUUCUACAAUGGCUGUUACUCCUAUUCUGUACCUGUAGUGAGAUUGUGUAUUCUCAGUCUUGAACCUAAGAGGAGCUGUGGGCUUGUGCUUCCGGGGGAUAAGCCAACCUCUUGGGUUUAUGAAGAAGUUUUCCCUAUGGUCAGCUAUUCUGUAACUGCCUGCUCCAGGCUUUCUCACACCACCUCCUGAAUCUGGUGCUGGCUACUGUCAGAGACAAGAUAUUGGACUAGAUGGGCCACUACGCUGAUCCAGUCUGGCAGUCCCUAUGAUUCUGCGAACUUGAUCCUGCAGGUGAAUAGAUAAGGAUUGAGAGAUUAAGGCCCAAACCACCAGUAGGGCCAUGUAGCACAAUGCUCGCAAUCCAAGAAGGUAUAGGGGGAGUGGGUCCUGCAGGCUGGCAAGCAGACUAUGCUCAGUGUUCAUCGUGAAGCAUCAAGCCUAUAUCUGUGAGAAGAGAAACUGAGCAGUGGCUGCCUGUGACUGAAACACUGUUAAAUAUUUUAAUAUUUAAUAUUAAAAAAUAUUUAAAAUUGCUGCUAUGCAUUGUCAUAGCCUUUACUCUGACUAUUCCCCCUUCUUCCCGCACCAGGCCUGCUUCCCCUCCGUUACUCCUCAGUGAUCAAUCUGCUGACCUACUGAGCGCUCCAUAUUCCUUGCUGUGUGAAAAUCUCUCUGUACAGGUGUUCAGCAAACAUUGAGUGCUCAGUGCUUUUGCAGACUGCAGACAGCCUGUAGGACUGAACCCUGAAAGAGAAACAUGCCUGUAAUGCCGUGGGCAUAUUGAUGAGACUGCACCCAACGUGUAAUCUCUCCUAAGCACAUCCUGGUUUUAAGAAAAAAACCCGAAGUCUGCUGUACUCCAAGUUUCUCUGAAUUUACUGCAAUUUGGGCUUCCAUUUAUGAAUUCAGGGGGGAAAUGUUACCGUGGCAAGGGAAUUCUUGUACACUCACAUAGAAAUACAAAUUUAUAUUCAUUUUUAUUGGAAGUGGAAGUUUUAUUACAGAAUCCGUCUAGGGCUAGGGAAGUAGAUUUAGAUCAUUUGUAGAUGUAGACUUGAUAUGAAUGUUAUUUCUUAUUACUGUUAUCUUAAUGAAGUAUGUGACUUAAAUUAGGGAUUGUUUUCCACUAUAAAAUACUCUGGGAAACGGGUCUUAUAAUAAUAGCAACGUUGUAUGCUUUAUCAAACUGGAGUUUUUGGUCUUGCCUACUGUUUUUUUAAUUGUAUAAUUGAAGAUGCAUUUUAAACCAAAGCUAUUAAAUUUUAUAUGUCCAUUUCUAA